AAAUUUUUUUGAUUUUUAGACACUGAUUGCUUGACAAGAAAUUGCUGUGGCCCUAUGCGUCCAUUUGAUUUACAAAUUCUGGAUAAUUUUCAGAGAGAAGUCAUUCAUUUGUAUCGUCCAUUACGAUGUGAUUCCUGCUGCUGUCCUUGCUGUCUUCAGAGUUUGGAAGUUACUGCACCUCCUGGAACAAUUAUAGGCUAUGUAACACAAGAAUGGAGUAUUUGUUAUCCAAAGUAUCGUAUUGAAAAUGCAGCAAAAGAAUGUGUAUUGCGUAUUGAAGGUCCAUGCUGCACUUUUAGUAUUUGUGGAGAUGUAGAAUUCAAGGUUCUUGCUAAAGAUGGUCAAACAAUAGUAGGAAGGAUUACAAAGCAAUGGUCUGGUUUUGCAAAAGAAGCUUUUACUGAUGCUGAUAAUUUUGGUAUAAAUUUUCCUAUGGAUUUGGAUGUUAAUAUUAAGGCUGUUCUCCUUGGGGCUUGUUUUCUCAUUGUAAGUUUGUACUUUUGUAUUACUUGUUUUUAA